UACAGGCAUUACAAUGGACACCAAAUACACGCGAGGAUUGCUGUGACGAAGUAAACUCGCGCUCCCUACCCAGAAAACGGCGAGUGAGUUUGGAGUCAUUAAAGCGACUAGGCAGCGGAAGGACCCCACCUGCUUGUGACGCCAGAGGGGAGCGACGGAUUUGAAAAGGCGGAAGCUGUAACUAGCGAUCGUCGCUUUUCAUCCCCGGCUUGGCAGGCUUUUUUUGAGAAGAUGCCCAAAGUAAAGAGAAGCAGGAAAGCUCCUCCGGAUGGCUGGGAACUGAUCGAACCAACAUUGGAUGAGCUGGAUCAGAAAAUGAGAGAAGCGGAGACUGAGCCUCAUGAAGGGAAGAGGAAGGUGGAAUCCCUCUGGCCUAUCUUCAGAAUUCAUCACCAGAAAACGCGCUACAUCUUUGAUCUCUUCUAUAAGAGAAAAGCUAUUAGCAGAGAACUGUAUGAGUAUUGUAUCAGAGAAGGAUACGCUGACAAAAACCUGAUUGCAAAGUGGAAGAAACAGGGUUAUGAGAACCUCUGCUGCCUGCGCUGUAUCCAGACUCGGGAUACCAACUUCGGAACUAACUGCAUUUGCAGGGUCCCAAAAAGCAAGUUGGAAGUGGGGAGAAUCAUUGAGUGCACUCACUGUGGAUGCAGAGGCUGCUCUGGGUGAAAUCUUUAAAAACUGGACACUUUUGGGGUUCUGAAAAGUGCUGAUUCCACAUCAUGGACUAUUCCUGCUAUAAUUGUCUUGUAUAAACCCUGCAGUGAGUGAAGCUUCCUUUAACAGUUUGAACAGCAAUAUGCCCACCUGGAUCAUAAAAUGCAGUAGUGAAUGAUUUUGACUAGUCUUGUAUAAACAUUUUAUUUUAAAAUAAAAUCUUACCUCCCCCCACAGUGGAGUGGCAGAAUCUUGUGACAAGGCAGUUCAAAGAUUGA